AUGUUAUCCUUUGGAUGGAAACAAUUUGCUUUCAUCUAUUCGCUUCUGGGUGACUUGGAGACAUGUGAUGUUACAAGGACGGAUGUACAGGUUAUCCUUUUUCUUAUUUUGUGCACUUUUUAG